AUGCAGUACUUGUCCAAAGCAUACAGCUACUACUCCGGUAUCAACCCAGCCACGCUUUCAGGAGCGAUCGACGUAAUAGUAGUCCGUCAUGUAGAUACCGAAGGGACCGUCACUCUAUCCUCUUCUCCAUUCCACGUCCGAUUCGGUAAACUCCAAGUACUUCGUGCAGCUGAGAAGACAGUGACGAUCCGAUUGCCCAACAACCUUCCUGCACCGCAUGUAGCCCCCUUCGUGAUGAAAGUAGGAGAGACGGGAGAAGCUUUUUUCGUAGUGGAGACGGAUGAACAGGUACCGGCGGAUCUUCUGACCAGUCCAGUGGUCAUGCCUACACAUACUGAUCUUCCAACGUCUCACGUUACGCAUGACGAAACGGACACAUCGGCAGAUCCACAUCAUUCGCUCACGCAGGAGCCUUUUGGCGAGACUGAGACGCAGAUCCCUCAUGAAUCGCCUUUAGCAGAGGUGGAAUUUUUAGACCUUAAUGCCACGUCCACGACCGACGCAUCCCAGAAAGAAGCCAAUACUAGUAAAAGAUCAUCUCUAGUCGACUCAGCUUCAUCUUUAUUACCGUCUAUCCCAUUCCUCUCAUCCCCUUCAAAUAGUCGAUCUGGAUCUCCGCCUAAGGAAGACAGAUCCAAGGUCCACCCAGUUAACGACGAAGCCAAAGCGAAAGAAGCGGACGAACCCGUCAUUUCCACUACAGACCAGCAGCCUAACCCAUUGGCUACCGAAGAUGGAGAAUCAGCCAAAAUGCCAGAUAGAGAUCAUAGACUGUCCAGUCAUGAAGCUCUGAUAGCUGGUGAGAAUGCCUCGGCAGCCGAGGAUUUACUACCAAAGGUGAAACCUGGUCAGGGUGAAGGUCCAGCAGUAUUAUAUGGACGUGAUGUCGUAUUGGAUAUGGCGGGAUAUCAUAGUGGCAAAGGUGAUACAUCUUCAGGUCCAGGUUCGCCUCCACCAGAAGAUAGUGAUCCCCAGACUGAAUUGUUCAUUCAAGAUUUACUCGCGGCUGUACAACCUCCAGAUGAUUCUCGACCUGCACUACCACCAUCGAGAGUCACUGACUCUGAGAUACCUGUAAACGAUCCAGAUGACGAUACUCCCAUACCUCCACCUGCACCUGAAUUAGCUUCCGAACCGGAUCUUCCAGCUGCUCUGGCAAACGUACAUAUCUCACCUCAAAGCAUUUCAAGAAGAUUCGAUAGAGGUCAUUCUGAACCUCCACAGGACCCCGAAAUGGAUAUAUCUAGAUCGCCUACGAGGGUAGCCAUGGAUAUGCAGUGGGAUUGGAGUAGGACACAUGCUGUUGAGAUGAAUAGGACGAGAUCUGGACAUGGUAAUCCUACUCCAGGAGUGGUGGGGAAGUUGAAAAAUGUGGAAGAGAACCCUUAUAUGUUCGUGUUGGAUGUGAAUGAUAGAUCACAUCGAUUCGAAUUAUCGCUCAACGAUGGUUUUACAGGGGAUGAUGAAACCGAAUUCAAGCGGAAUAGAAUGACAUUCCGUAAAUUCAUCGAAGAUCCUUCGGUGGUCGAUGAUCCUCGUUUGGUGAUCAAAUACAAUUCGAUAUUACUCUAUGCACUGUCCAUGUACCGGCGUACACUCCUACCUCCUCCUUCCAGUCCCACUCUCCCUUCCUUAUCCGAUACUGGAAUCUCCAACCAGCCUCCAAAUAGACCUUCCAGUGGAUCUGGAUGGUCUCGAUGGUGGAGAAGGGGUCAAAGCAGUGCAGCUGGAAGUGUAGCGCCUCCUACAAGGUCAAACACUACGCCAACCGAGGAUCGUCCAGUCUCUCCACCUCCACGGCAACCCGCCGAACCUCAAGCUGCUGCUUCCGAACUUGUUGAAACACCUGAAGGGAAACAAUAUGCCAAAACAUUACGUCUCUCGUCUGAUCAAUUAAAAUCACUACACCUGAAACCUGGACCAAACACUAUACAAUUCUCGGUCACUUCGUCAUACUCUGGUCUCGCAACUUGCACUUCUCGUAUAUUCCUGUGGGAAGAGACAGAUCAAGUGGUAAUAUCAGAUAUUGAUGGCACCAUCACAAAAUCCGACGCCCUUGGUCAUCUAUACGCCGCUAUAGGUCGAGAUUGGACGCAUCUCGGUAUCGCCAAGCUAUAUACAGAUAUCGGUAACAACGGGUACAAGAUGUUGUACUUGACUUCUCGAGCGAUUGGUCAAGCGGAUGCUACACGGCAGUAUCUCAAGACGAUCGUACAAGGCGAUUAUCGAUUACCUGAAGGGCCUGUGAUUAUGAGUCCGGAUAGAUUGAUGGCAAGUCUACAUCGUGAGGUGAUCAUGCGGAAACCUGAGCUGUUCAAGAUGGCCUGUUUGAGGGACAUUCAACGUCUAUUUGGCGAACAAGCCAAAGAAGCUUUCUUUGCUGGUUUUGGGAAUCGAAUAACGGAUGCGAUGAGUUACAGAAGUGUCGGUAUACCAGCCGCGAAAAUCUAUACGAUUGACUCGACUGGUGUGGUCAAGACGGAAUUGUUAUCUGCUGCAGGACAUAAGGGAAGUUAUAUCCAGUUGAACGACUUGGUGAAUGAGGUAUUCCCUCCAGUCAGUACGAAAUUCAAACCUGAAUUUACCGAUUUCAACUAUUGGCGAGAUUCCAUACCAGACAUACCCAUCCCGGACUUAUCACCUCCUUCACCUGCCCUAUCCGCUCGAUCGGAUACAUCUGGUCGAUUGAGCGUAUUGGGUAAGAUUACAGGAAUAGCAAGGAGAAGUUCCAAACAACCUUUAUUACCUACUAGUGAACCUUCCUCUAGACCUUCAUCUCCACUGUUCGCUCCUUCCAUGACACCUGAUGAACUCAGUGAAUUAGAUGCGGAAGCUGAGGAUGAUGACGAUAGGAAAUCACAAAUUAGUAUGCCAGGUUCGUUCGAUGAAGAGGAAGAAGCUAGGAGGAAUACAAUGGGAGACUCGUUCUUCGAUGAGAGGACGGUUAGACAUCAAGAUGACAUUGAAGCUCAGAAUCAGAAUCAGAAUUACAACGAUCAAGAGGAAGAGGAUGAUGGAGGGAAUUUCGAUUUUGAUGAUGACAUCUUAGCUGCUGGUGAGAUGCAGCAUGUUCCGUUUUAG